AUGUCUUUGUCUUAUUGUCUGUGCGCUCUAUUUGAAUCUACGAUUAUGUUGGAUACAACACCAUGUCAGGAUGCGAUCAAUGAGGCACAAAGAAUGCCUGAGACUGUCAUUAUUGAUGCCACAUAUAAGACAAAUAGUCAUCGAAUGACUUAUGUCAACAUUGUUGGUACUAGCAAUGUGAGUGGAAACCCUCGUACCACUUUAAAGACGUAUCCAAUUGCCGGUGCUUGGGUAGAGCAUGAGACAGAAGAAAAUUAUCUCUGGGUGCUUAGCUGUCUCCGCGAUGCAGUCUGGCCCAAUGACAACAACAACAACAACAACAACAACAUAUAUAGUGUGGUCAGAGCUUAA